CUUGAGACACGUGACUAGCCCAGGUCAUUAAGACUGUCAGAACACUGGCUAGGCUUCUUGAUCUCCAGGCCAGUUCUCAGUCCUCAACCUAAUGUGUUCAUUCAGCUGGUGCCCUUUCUUCCACUAUGGGGUGUUGGGCCUGGGAGGGCUCCUGCUCUUGCUUGUGGUCACUCUGUUCACCUGCCUCUGUCUGCUCCGUCGGAGAGGAGGUAAAGCUUUUGGACUACUGAAGACCCAGCAGGAAGAGAGACUGAAUGAGAUCAACAAGCAAUUCCUGGAGGAUCCCAAAUACAGCACUGAUGAGGAUCUACCCUCCAAACUGGAAGCCUUCAAGAAAAAAUAUAUGGAGUUUGACCUGAACGGAAAUGGAGAUAUUGAUAUCAUGUCCUUGAAGCAAAUGCUAGAGAAACUUGGGAUCCCCAAGACCCACCUAGAGCUUAAGAAAUUAAUUAGAGAGGUGUCAAGUGGCUCUGGGGAGACAUUCAGCUAUCCUGACUUUCUCAGAAUGAUGCUGGGCAAGAGAUCUGCCAUCUUAAAAAUGAUCUUAAUGUAUGAGGAGAAAGCAAGAGAACAGGAAAAGCCAACGGGUCCCCCAGCCAAGAAGGCUAUCUCUGAAUUGCCCUAAUUUGUGUGUAUGUGUGUGUGUGUGUGUUAUGUGUGUGUACACACAUGUGCAUGUCCACAGCGAGAUUGAAGGGGCUUCUAAUGAUCCCAACAUGAAAAAACAAAACAAAACAAAAAACCAAAAUUGUGAGCCAGUCAAACGAAAUAAAUUAUCCUUCCCUUCCAGA